UCCUUCGAACUGCCCCCGCCUCCACCCUUACCUCCAUCUCUCUAGCUUAGUGACCGUUGCUUGCGUUGGCGUUAGCUUUUUUUUUUCUUCUGACGCGAAGGAUUUGUCCCUCGGAGGCCGCCGUCCGGGCCUAGCGCCGCCUUCUUCUCCUUUCUCUCAGUAGACAGACAGUGAGGCAGGCCUCUCUCUCUCUCUGUUUCCUUCCUUCCGAAAGACCUUUGACCCCGCUCUUCCUCCUCCUUCGCGCUCCCUUGUUAUGCUGGGCCUGAGGAGCCAACGCCAACGCCGCCUUCGCCGCCUUUGAGGCCUCCCUCGCUUCCCGUAGUUCUUUCUUUCUUCCUUUCUCCCCUCAUUCCACCAUCUCAGGCCUGCUUUUUCCCUCUUCUCUUUCUCUUCGUCAUUCCUCUUUCUUUCUCUCUCUCACACACACAUCUAUAUAUAGGCCUAGUUUUUCCCUUCCUCUUCCUUUCUUUCUGUCUCCAUUCCCUUUCCGUUGCUGCCAUUCGUCGCCAGGCCAAGAGGAAGAUGAGGGAGAUGAAGCAGAGGAGGAAGAAGGAGCGCACGUGGGCCGAGGCUGCCCGCCUGGUGCUGGAAAACCACUCCGAUGGACCCAUGACCCCAAAACAGAUCCUGCAGGUCAUAGAAACAGAGGGCCUAAAGGAAAUGAGUGGCACAUCUCCUCUGGCCUGCCUGAACGCUAUGCUGCACUCCAAUUCAAGGAGCUGCGAUGGCCUUUUUUACAAGCUGCCCGGGCGCAUCAGCCUUUUCACUCUCAAGAAAGAUGCGGUGCAGUGGUCUCGCAGCCUGUCUGCCCCUGAAGGAGAAGAGGCGGAUGAUGCCGAGAGCAGCGGCUCCAAUGAAGCUGCCAGCACCGUGAGCGGCGACAAUGACGUAUCUCUAGAUGAAACUUCCUCAAAUGCCUCCUGUUCCACGGAGCCUCAGAGCAAGACUGGGCCUAUCCUGCGGGAGAGCCAUAGAGCAGCUGCACAGGCAAGCAAACAGAAGAAAAAGGCAGGCGUGAUGCUUCCUCGUGUAGUUCUGACUCCUCUGAAAGUAAACGGUGCUCAUAUGGAAACUUCAUCAGCGUUCCCAGGGAAACACGUUGUGGGCGAGAGCAGCAGUGGUAGCAGUUCUUCGGCCCUUUGCAGCACUGCAGGACGCAGCAGGACGGAAAUUGCCCGAGACCCCCCUCAGCUCUUCCGAGGAUUCAGGAAACCCUCAGGCGGACAAAUGAAGAGGAACAGGGGGGACGAUAUAGAUUUUGAGACGCCUGGCUCCAUUCUCGUCAACACCAACCUCCGAGCGCUGAUUAACUGCAGGACCUUCAACGCGCUGCCCCUCCACUUCCAGCAGCAGCUCCUCCUCCUCCUCCCUGAAGUGGACAGACAGCCUGGGACUGAUGGACUGAUGCGGCUGAGCGGAAGUGCCUUGAACAAUGAGUUCUUUGCCCUCGCUGCGCAGAGCUGGAGAGAGAGGCUGGCUGAUGGGGAGUUCACUCAUGAAAUGCAGGUUCGCAUAAGACAGGAAAUGGAGAAGGAGAAGAAAACAGAACAGUGGAAGGAGAAGUUCUUUGAGGACUACUAUGGGCAAAAGCUGGGCUUGACCAGAGAGGACCCUCAGCCACAAAACUCCGUGCCCAAUGAGGUGGAAAAGAAGAGCGCCCCGGCUCCUGUGGAAGCGGAGCCCGUCCGGGUUCAGCGCGGCCCCGUCACCCGCCAGCGCGACGGGCAUUUCAAGAAGCGCCCCUUGCGAUGCCGCACGCGGAGGAACCUGUACAAGGUGCAAGAGCCCAAGCAAGCCAAAGAGGCCGCCGAGGCAUUGCCGCCUGCGGAGCCGGAGCCCGCCGACAGCAGCAGAGAUGCCAAGCCGGAGGUGGACUCGCCUGAGAAGCGACAGGUGUCUCCGGAGAGGGAGAGCGUACCGGAGGCGACCAGGGUUCCGAGCAAAGCAGAAGACCCGGUGGCAGUGGCAGCACCGGCAGUGGCUGCGGCAGCCACGGCGGAGCGAAUCCCCAUCGUGCCGCAAGAGGCCCAAGAGCAGGAGUCCAAGGAGCAGAAGAGGAAGUGCUUUGAGCAGGCGGCCUCUCCCUCCUUCCCCGAGAAGAAGCCCCGGCUUGAAGACCGUCAGUCCUUUCGUAACACAAUUGAAAGUGUUCACCCAGAAAAGCCACAGCCCACCAAAGAGGAACCCAAAGUCCCACCCAUCCGGAUUCAACUUUCCCGUAUCAAACCACCCUGGGUGGUUAAAGGUCAGCCAGCCUACCAGAUAUGUCCUCGGAUUAUCCCCAAUCCAGAGCCCUCCGGCCAGGACCGAAGCGGGCCCCCAGCCGCUGCUGACUUUAAGGCCUGUGCUCUGCAAGGCCGGCUCCAGCGAGAGGCUGCUGCUCCUCCCGCCGCCACUGCCGCCGCCACGGCCAUUGGGGGCGGGGGUGGGCCGGGAGGGGGGCAGCGGGGCGAAGGCGGCGGGGGCGACGGUGGUGGUGGUCACAACGGCCGCGGCCGCCGUCGCCGCCGGAGGAGGGUCCGGCAGACCGGCCGCCGCCCUGGGCGCUGGCGGCCGAAGAGAACUCGUGGGAAGUGUGUGCCCGAUCUACAGCGAGCACAGCUACUGCCGCCUUCCCAGCUAGAAGGGGAGCCUGCCUUGGAGACGGCCAAGCCCAGCUCCCCAGCCUCCGAGGGCGAGGCUUCGUUUCCUGCAAAUGAAGGCCAGCGGGUGUUCGAACUGGCUGCCGGCCUUACGUCGCUUGGCUGUGAAGAUGCGGCACAACUUUCAGAGGCAGCAUCCUUUGGUGGGACCACAACUGAGCCAGCCCUUGAUUGCUCUUUGAGGAAAGUGCCAACAGGCCGAUCGGAGGAAAUCAGUCCUGGACAUGUUUUGCAAGCAGAAAGAGAGCUACCUUCAAACAGUCCGCUGAACCGUUCUUGGCAGGAGGACUCUCCUGUGAAUCUCCUUGGAGACACAAAUGUGGUAGGAGAGCAUGAUGGUGCUACGCCGGUAACGCUGAACUGCAGCAACUCUACUGUGAAGGGAUCCUCCCAUGUCUCCAGUUAUGCCACAGGUUUGGCCUUGGAGAGCAGCGAAGAAAAGGCAUUGGAGGCUUUCGGCUCCUGCGGGCAGGAACAUCUCUCCCUUCCAGAGAACUCUAGCACCGCUGCGGGAGAAGAUUUGGCCCAACCGUUCCACAUAUCCCAGUGGCACAGCAGAGAGAGGCCCAGCUGUGACACAGGCGAAGCGCACACUGAAGAGUCAGAUCCACCGCAGGAGAGAUUUGCCCUUAAGAGCUGCCUUCUGACUUGGGAGGCGUUGCUGGAGACGGGAACAGAGGCAGGCGAUCCGCCGGCAGAAGCAGUGGCGGACACGAACCCAUUCCUCAGUGAUGAAGAAACCAGGAGUGGGCUUAGUGAGACAACAGAGACGGCAUCUGACCUGGAAGCCGAGUUGACAGAUGACAACGUGGACGAAGCGGCAGAGAACGGGGCUGCUCCGGGCAGGGGCCGCCUGGUGCUCACACCUGAAUGUUCUGUGAGAACGGAGACUUCUACGCACAUUGAUAACUUGCCUUCCAAAGUGGGAACCACGGGCAUCUGCUUGCCACAAGCCUGGGCACCGCAGCCUUCUCUUCCCCAGGAAGACCACCAACCAAGUGUCUGUCUUGAUUUGAAGAAGCCGGAAAAGCCAGCGCGGGCGGCCUCCAGGCCUCUCUCCAUCGAAGCAAGCAACCCUCUGGUGGUCCAGUUGCUCAGGGGGAGCCUCCCUCUGCACGCGGUUCUUCCUGGCUCUUGCAGCAUCGGCCCGGGCGCAAAGCCCGUGCCUUCUCCAGGCAAGCUCUCAGCAGUGGGGAAUAGGAGCAGCGACCGCCUUUCCCAAAAUACCUCUCGGGAUGCGAACGGCAGAGUCAGAAACGGAUAUGAUAUGUAUAACUGUUUGAGGGACUCUUCCACGAAGCAGUCCGCUCCCGUCUCCAUACAUUUGAAGAAAGAGCCAAAGGGCUUGGAGGGGAAAACCUCAGAUUUGAACCCCAAUUCCAAAUCUGUCAAAGCUGUGAGCAUUCCCCGGAAGUCUGGCGACGACGCCUUGGACCUCCGAAAGGGACCCCUUUCUUCUGGUGCUUCGGAGGAGCCAAAAGGCUCCCCUACUGAUCCUGCUGGUGGAAACUCAGAAGAGAAGCUGAAGGCAUCUCCUGCCGCCCCACUCUCUUCCUGCGCGACUUCUUUGGGUCCUGCGCAGCCAAGCAUUGACUCUGUUUCCAAGAACCAAGGAGCAGGCGGUAAGAAGGUCUUUGGCCCUGGCUUCCCCUGCGGCGCCGCUCCGAGAGCUCAGCAUCCCCAAAUGCGGGAGGCCUUCCCCAUGCUGAGCAUGCUCUCGCACAACAAGGCAGUGUCAUCACCGGCCAAGAGUGCCGUGCCGGAAGAUAGCAUUGUACCAGCGAGGGAGGAUUGGCCCACCAAACCACGUCUUCGUGCGGCCGGCAGCGGAGGGGUGGAGAACAAGCGUGUCUCGGCAGGUCCCGGUCCUGCCAAGCGGAACGGCGAAAAGAGGAAAGAGGCCGAACUGAUGGAGCAGCUGCAGGCUCUUCCCCUGGCGCGGGACUUGUCCUUCUUCCGGUUGCCCAGGGAGCCGGGCAAGGGCCUCGCUCAGCCCUUGGAGCCCUCUUCCAUCCCCUCGCAACUCAAUAUCAAGCAGUCCUUUUACGGGAAGCUGUCGAAGCUGCAGCUGAACGCCCCCAGCCUCAGCUACACCUCUGCCGCUCCCGUUUUCCCAAGGAGUCUUAUGGGGAGCAUGACGGCGCUGGGCCCCAAAGCCAACUUCGCCGCUUCCCGCUCGGCGCAGAUGUUUGUCGACGGCAGCCGCGCGGAAGAGAUUUCCCUCAAGUGUUCGUGCAGCCUGAAAGCCAUGAUCAUGUGCAAGGGCUGCGGGGCGUUCUGCCACGACGACUGCAUCGGCCCCUCCAAGCUGUGCGUGCUGUGCCUUGUGGUAAGAUGAUGAAUUCGCCGCUCCGGGAGGAGGAAAGCAGUAUAUUUAAGAGUGUCUGCUUUGGUCACGAGCAAACCUGGAACUUGUACACAAAAUUAUCAUUCUGGUCAUAAUAGAGGGAAAGUUUUCACGCUGUAUGUUUUGGUCUUUAGGCUGGAGUUGGAUGUGGGGACAGUCCGGAUUUUGAGGAAACUAUGGAACGUUUUGCCGGUUUGAAUGGCUUCCUGGGGUGGGGGGCACCUUGUUCCACAAAUGGAGCUUUUUGUAAAGGCAGGGAGAGCGAGCCCUGUCUCCGUUGAAAGGCUGAUUUGCAGAAUUCUGUCUUCCGUUCCCGCUUCCUGCCGUCUCCUUCACCUGACCUCUGGGUCUGGACAUUUUCGUGGUCCUCCAGUUAAAGGAGCGCAGGAGGCGAGUGGCUGUGGGAGAGGGGUGGCCACGGGAAAGGGGUGUGCCUCACUUCCUGCCCUGGCAUCUGUGGGGCAGAGGCAUACGGCCCACUGCCCCCCGCGAGUAUCGAAGCCGCACACGACUUCUUGAUUUCUAAGCAGUGUCAUUUUUUAAAAGAAGUAAAAGGUAUAUAUAAAUAUAUAAAUAUUAUAUAUAAAUAUAUAAUUUUAAUUUUUUUUGUUUUCUUCUUGGGUGUAAAAAAAAAAACCAGUGAAAUGUUUGGCUCCUAUAUAUGUACCCUUCUAUGCAUCUGUUUGAUCAUGUAUUUAUAUGUUGUACACAGUACUGGCCAAUUCUGUAAAUCGAUGUUAUGUACAUAUACAGGUUUGGUUUUUGUUUUCGUUUCUUCUUUUUUUUUAAAGUCCUUUAUUUUUCAGGCAGAAGCAGUAUUGCAUUAAAAGUGGUGUUGGUUACUACUCGCUCCCCUUAGUCAAGAGCUGCUGUGUGUUUGUCCCGCCUCUCGCUCGCGUUCCUGCUUUUCACGGUGGGAGGGGAUGAGCGCCCGCUUCCAAGGAAGGCCUCGCCUGGGCCUUGCGAUUCUGGCUUUUGCCCCUCCUGAAAAGCAGUCCCCCACCCCCAAAUGCUGCCGUUGCAUCCCUCGCUGUGGGUGAGUAGGGGGCCCUUUGGAGGAAGCAAGGUCUUUGAGCUUUUCCUGCCCCUUCCUUCCGUUCCCACCUACCUCUUUGCAGUCUCAGCCUCCCUGCUCGAGUGCUAUAGACGUCUUGUCUUUUUCAGUAAGGAAACCUGGUUUUCAUCUCCGAAAUGGUGUGUAUUUUUAAUCAGUGGCAGCUUUUUCUUUUGGUAGGAAACACGGAAGAGAGGGAGAGUACGGCAAAGUGCACUGCGCUUAUUAGGGGCAACCAAGGUCUGAAAGGUGCAUACCAAAGAUGGGGGGCCACGCAGUCGGGUCCCCCUCGCUCUGCAUCCUCCAGAGCCUCUGUUGUGAACAGACUGAUGAUUCCGGUCUGGUGUUUUUUUGGGGGGCGGGAUUUGGGGGAGCCCUCUCUGAUGAUCCCUGAUGUUGUAUGUCCCUUGUGGUAUUGGAAAAAAAAUAAAAAAAAAAGAUUUUGAAAAGCGGA